AUGCCGCCCGGCUCCCCGGGACAGGGCAGCACUCUUGGGGCGGAAGUUAAAGAUCCGCGGACAGUUGUGGCAUUUUCCUCAAGGGCACCGGACAUGCCGGGACGCGGCGCGCGCGCGCGCGCGCGCGCGCCGGCAGCUACCGGGCAGCCGCCUCGCAGCUGCGGGGCGGCCCCCACAGGGCCCCCUUAA